GAGAAGCGUGACAGGGCGAGCAGAGAGGAGCGGGAGCAGCGUUCACAAAGAUACAAUAAUCAACUCUUUCUAUUUGUUUCUUCUUUUUUUUUUUUAAUCAAAGUGCUCGGGUGCGCUCAUCUGCACCCGCUGGGCUUUUUUUCCCAGCAUUUGGGUUUUUUUUUUAUUUUUAUAAAUAAGAUAAGUCUUAGAAGAGAGAAAAGAAGAAGUGCGUUUUUUUUCUUUUUUUAUCGUUUGGAUUCCGGACUUCUUCUUACUGAGUUUUUUUCUUUUUCUUUUUCCUGCAUCAAGCAUGGAUGUGUUGGCGAAUUACAGUAUUUUCCAGGAACUCCAACUCGUCCACGACACGGGUUAUUUCUCCGCGAUGCCUUCCCUGGAGGAGAACUGGCAGCAGACAUGUCUAGAGUUGGAGCGAUACCUACAGACGGAGCCCAAGCGACUCUCAGAGCUCUUUGACGAGGAGCUGGAUUGUCUCUUAACACCGGCAUUCCUGCAGGGUGGUGACAGUGAUGAGGACCUGAUGGACCCCCUUCUCCCCACCCUAUCCGACCAGCCCAGCCCGCCUCCACUACUUGUGACCCUCCCCAAGGUCCCGGCCAAGAUCCUCCACGUGCCCAACCCCAGCAAGACCCAAGCGGACGCAGGGAGCGAAACCCUCACAACAAAGGAGCAGGUCCUUGGAGGGGUCAGCGCUGCGCAGCUUAGCGCUGCUGUCACAUCCCUAACGCCGCCGUCAUCACCAGAGCUCGGCCGCCACCUCGUCAAACCCACACAAACACUGACUGCGACGGCAGACGGUACCUUAAUGCUCAAAUUUGUGGCAAAGAAGGUGGGGUUGGGGGCCGCCAAGCUGGUGGCAGCGCGAGCGCUUCCGUCCCCGCCGAGCAGAGGAGGGACCCUCAGUGACGGCGAGCAGGGAGGAGGAGGAAGUCUGGGAGGCGAUGUACCAGAGAACAAGAAGAGAGUCCACCGGUGCCAGUUUAAUGGCUGCAGGAAGGUUUACACCAAGAGCUCCCAUCUGAAGGCACAUCAGAGGACCCACACAGGUGAGAAGCCCUAUAAGUGCUCAUGGGAGGGCUGCGAAUGGCGCUUUGCCCGCAGUGAUGAAUUGACGCGACACUACCGCAAACACACCGGAGCGAAGCCAUUCAAGUGCAACCACUGCGACAGGUGUUUCUCUCGGUCGGACCACCUGGCCCUACACAUGAAGAGGCACAUCUGAGGAGAAGCAGAGGAUGAGUGGGAGUGGGGAAGAGAAGCAGAGGGAGGAAGAGGAGGAGGAGGAGGAGGAGGAGGAGGAGGUGGAGGAGGAGGAGGAGGAGGAGGUGGAGGAGGAGAGGUGGGUUGGAAGGAGGGGAUGGGCUGUCGAGCUACCACCCUCCCGCCCCGUUCACCCCAUCCAAAAAAACAAGUCGGCAGCCAUGACGCCUUCAGGGCCGCGCAUCCAUCUGAGAGGGGCCGUAAAAAGAUCAACCGGCCCGACGGCCCCUUCCACCGACCACGGUGACUGGAGGACAAUGAGGAGUAGCUAGAUUGUUGUUUUUCUUUAAAAAACUUACACACUCACACACUCGCAGUAGAAAACAGUCCGCGCACACACACACACACACGCGUCUUUGAAUGCAUCAUCCCGGUGACCCCCCAGCGGCUGUCAUGAGGCUCUGGGGGAUUGGACACUACCAAAACCAACAUAUACUUAACUCGCUUGACGAAACAUUACGCCACCGUUUCUUUCUUUCUCUGUAUUCAAUGUUCCUAAACCAUAAGAGUCACUUUGGGUGAGGAGAUAGCUCUAGUGUGGGAACUUUAAAUAUCCGUAUAGUCAGUUGUUUGUGCUUUUACCGGCUUCUGAAAUCAAUUACUCAACUCUUUUUCUUUGGUGUUUUUCCAUACACGGAAUAUAAGAAACCAUCAUCUGCCGCGGUCAGCUUCAGCAAUCUAUGUGAAGAAAACAACAAUUACCAAAUCUGCAGGAGAGAGACGCUACAGAUUGACUCCUAGCACGGCUGACAAUCGGACCCGGGGCUCGGAUGCUGGGUGUUCCGGAGCGCCCGCGGGACCCCGGCUCGCCGGGUGCCCCUGCGACUCUCAGGCUCUCCUUCGGCGGGUGUUGGCAUCUCACCUCCGCCGAGACGGCCUGCCGCCUCCGCAGGCUUCCUGACAGAAAUGCGCAGCGACACUUUCUUCCCCUUUUUUUCUACUAAGAGGAACAAUUGAUUCUCCUUGUUGUUACUGCAAAGAAUGAUACUUUGUUCCCCUUUUUUCUCUCUUGGAGGAAAAAACAAAAAAUGUCUUAAUACUCACUGAAUUGCGUUCGAGGGAGAGGA